CAGCACAUUUGGAAUGGUUGUGGCUGAAGCAGUCUCUGAGGCAGUGGCUGAUAGAGAAGCUGUUGAAGCAGAAGCAGUGGCUUCUGUAGCUGUUACUGUACUUUCUGUGGCCAUAGUAAGACUCCAUAGGAUGUCUGGGGCUGACAGUCUUUCUGAGUGGCUGUGAGAGGUUUAGAGCAUCCAGUGCUGGCUGUGAUAAGGACAACUCAAUGGAUCAACAAAGAAGUAAUUAUUUAGGGCUCAGUGAGUGGAGAAAGGGGCUUGUUACCAAGCCUGACAACCGGAAUUCAGAUGCCUGGAUCCCGGUGCAUGGUGAAGAGAGAACUGAGCCUGGCCUCGAGUGUGUGUGCUUGCACCUGAUUAUUUGAUGGAAGUUCGUGUGGCUUCUGCAGAAGUGGCCGAGUUGAAGUUGUAGUUUGCUGCUGCCUUUGAUGAGACCUUAGAAAUGGCAGUGCCACUGUGUUCAGCUUUUUGUCACCUUGAGUCAUCUGGGAAGAGUGAGCCUCUGUUGAGAAAGUGCCUCCAUCAGAUCGGCCUGCAGGCCUCCUAAUAGCCCUGUGUUCCUGAGGACUCCCGCCCACCUGGACCCCGUGGUUUUAUGCUGAGCCACUCUGCCGUGUCCCACCUCCAGCAGUGCCUGUCUGUGUGGAAUUCUUAUUUGGAGCUUAUGUCUUCUUUUUCCUGGUUGAGAUCCCAUUACCCCAUCUGUCCUUGUCCAUGCCCUCGACCACCUCUCCCAGUGAUGGGAAUCGAACCCAGGACUCUACAUGGGCAUCUGUUAUGCACCUUAAGCCAUACUGGAAACUCCAGAAAAGAGAGCACCCUCUCGAUGUCAGCAAAGACCCCCUGAGAAGAGCUGCGAGCCACCAAAACACUGUCAGUGAUGAGAAAGACAAAGCUAACUACAUGAAACCAGCUGUCUUUCCUUCAGCCUCCCCUGUCAAAGCAACACCUAGAAAACCUUUUGGGAUCCUUUCUCCAAAUGUUCUGUGCAGUAUGAGUGGGAAGAGUCCUGCGGAGAACAGCUUGAAUGUGAAAGCCAAAAAGAAUGUGCCGUCUGCAACAGUACCCCAGAGUGAAGAAGAGGGGCUGCCUGGGAGCUGGGCUAUUGUCAAACCUGGAAACACAAAGGAGAAAAUUGCAUUCUUUGCAGCCCACCAGUAUAGCAAUAGGAUAGGAUCUAUGAAAAUAAAAAGCUCCUGGGAUAUCGAUGGGAGAGCCACUAAAAGAAGGAAAAAAUCAGGAGAUCUUAAGAAAGCCAAGGUGCAGUUAGAAAGGAUGAGAGAAAUCAACAGCCAGUGCUGCCAGCCUGAGCCAUUUGCGUGUGGCAUCGAGCACUGCUCUGUGCAUUAUGUGGGUGACAGCGGGGAUGGCGUCUACAGUGGGAGGCCUCUGUCGGUGAUCCAGAUGGUUGCCUUCCUCGAGCAGAGAGCCAGUGCUCUGCUAGCUAGCUGUGCAAGGAACUGCACAGAUCCGCCUGCCAUUGUGAGGAUUACUGGCCAGUCCCGAGGUUUGCCUCCUGCACCUGAGCCCUUCUCUGCUCCGGGAACUUGUGAAGAACCCACGGAAAGAGGAAAUCCUGAGGCUGGCAGAUCACAGAGCGAGCCAGUCCGUGUCCUUGACAUGGUAGCCAGGCUGGAGUCUGAGUGCCUGAAGCACCAGGGCCAGAGGGAACCUGGGACCCUGUCACGGAAUAACAGCUUCCGUCGAAAUGUAGGCAGGGUGCUGCUUACUAAAGGUGCUCAGGCCAGUGACAAGAAUAACAAAAGCACCACAGACGCACCUGACACCCAGGCUCACCCCAUGCAGUUGGUGUCUGUGGGUGAAGGACCCUCCACAGCUGGCCACUGUUCUGUGGGUGACCAGGCCUGGGAUGGUAUGUCUCAGGGCUGUCCCUCAUUGCCAGCAGUUGUGAGCUUCCAGACGGACAGUAGAGAAUUAGAACCAGGUCAGCAAACAGCUGUGAGAAACUGCAGUCGACAUGACAUAGAAAUGACCGAUGCACUUGAUGAGCCGUCCUUUUCUUCUCACACCUGCCUCCAAGCCGCUGAGGUGCCCUCAGAUGCCAUCCGCUGUAUGAGCCGAGCCCUGGGACCACUCACGAAGCCCAGUCCUGCCCAGAGAAAGGAAACCGUGUGCAUCAGCAUCACCGUGUGCACAGUGGAGACAGCCCAGCCUUCUGCUUUAGACGCCCGUGAAGAGCCUCUCCCAGGGAUGCUGUUUUUCCUGUCACCUGGACUGGACCAGCCAGAAUGCUCCCAGUUGAAAGAACAUACAGUACAAGAGGCUUCAGAGGCCAAUAACCCUCAAGAUGCUGCUGAGGGCAACAGCGUAUGUGAAGAGAAGGAUGUUUCUGUGGAGCCAUUUGUCCCAGCAGCCUCUGAGGGGGAAAGUACAUUACCAGUGCUAGAGGCAUCCAGUUGGAAGAAGCAGGUGUCUCAGGACUUCCUGGAGACCAGGUUUAAAAUCCAGCAGCUUCUGGAGCCACAGCAGUACAUGGUAUGCCUGCCUCACCACAUCAUGGUGAAAAUCUUCAGGCUACUCCCUACCAGGAGUCUAGCAGUUCUUAAAUGUACCUGCCGCUAUUUCAAGUUCAUCAUCGAAUACUACAACAUCAGGCCAGCGGAUUCUCGGUGGGUUCGAGACCCACGCUAUAGAGAAGACCCUUGCAAACAGUGCAAGAAAAAGUAUGUGAAAGGGGAUGUGUCCCUGUGCCGGUGGCACCCCAAACCCUACUGCCAGGCACUGCCUUAUGGACCUGGAUACUGGAUGUGCUGCCACCGCUCUCAGAAGGCCUUUCCUGGCUGUAAGCUGGGCCUUCAUGACAAUCACUGGUUACCUGCCUGCCACAGCUUUAACCGGGCAAUCCAUAAGAAAUCAAGAGGGAGCGAAACGGAAGAGGAGUGCUGAAGUCCUCGUGAGAGGCAGGGACCAUGAAACACCUGGGUCAGCCCCGAGGCAUGUGACCUCAUCCUCGCCCUUUAAGAGUCUCUGCUCAGAUCAGACUGCCGUGGCUCAGGCAGUUUUUAACUCUGAAUUUACCAACGUACAUGAGAUUCGUUUCAUGGUUUUGUAUAGUAGUGCCUCACAUUAACCCUUUCAGCUGUGCAGAACUGCCUGUUUUCCUCCACCAAGGACAUUCCGAGGUCACCAAGCAGUCUGCACAAGGGUCCUGACUUGUUCCAGUACUGACUGUAUUUGACGUGAGUGGAGAAGAAAGCGGACCUCUGAGAAUUCUGCCUAACACCGAAAACUGGGCACCCUUCCCCUCUACCUUGUAUGCUUGAUGCUGUGAGAAUGACGCCUGCGGCUGGGGUCUGCCCUGUGCUGUUUACAGUGUGCGUGUGCUUGUGUUUGCAUGGGGCUGUGGAAGUGCACAUUAAACCUGAGCGCCUUUACCUGGAGAUGAGUGCUUUGGCCCCUCUAUAAAUGACAUGAUUAAGACCCAAUAUUGUAUAUUAUGGACAGCUGACCACAGAAUAAGACAGUGUCAUAUAAUAGUCAGAUCAAAACAUUGUCCAUCCUCUUGUCUGGUCUCAUUUUUUUUCUUGAAACUUCAAUAAAAAUGCACACUUUAAAUGGGA